AUGAGUGCAGCUCAGGAUGGAUGGACAACGUCUCCGACUGCCACGAACUGGGGAGUGAGCAGCAGCGCCAAGUUGGUCUCGAAGCCAUCGCGAAAGACUGUGAACCAAAGCACCACCAACUUCGAGCAAACUCUUCGGCCGUUUGACCAGACCAUCAGUCCCUUUGAACAGACCAUGCAACCGCUCGAACGGACCAAAAGACCGUCACAACAGCCUCCACAGCCGUCGCAACAGACCCAGCAUUCACGACCUGUACAGCAAGAUGCACGACCGUCGCAGCGGAGGGGGACACGCCAACGACAGGAGCCCCGAAGUCAACGGCAAGUUCGCGAGCCCCCACGUUCGACCCAGCAGGAGUCGGAGGCACGUCGUCGGCAUUCACAGCAAUCACUGCAAAACCCUGAUCGGCAUGUGACGUUCGGGCGCUCCAUAGGACCCCAGUCGGCUCCGAAUCACCGUCAAGACGCUCGACAGCCCCGGCGACACUCCGAACAACCCUCAGAAAGUCGUGUUCGAAGUGUCGAGCAGCCUCUGCGUCCGUCAGGACCGGUAACCAAUGAUUCCGGUGGUACUGAGGCAGCUCAGCGUCGUCGACAGGUUCCUGAUGAUCGGGAGCGCUCUAUGUAUCAAGCUAAACCCGUACCGAACCACCGAUCUAGCGGCGGUUCUCCUGUGCAGCCUCCGCGACCGUCGCAGAAGAUUUCGAUGGGAUUCCCGCGUCUUGACCGCCGUAGCGACAAAUCUGCCAGCAGUGGGAGUACCAGCAGUACCGAGAUGUACAUUGAACUGUCCCCUUCCCGUCGGCGAGAGAUUAUCUCCCGCGUGAACGAAUCCGUACAGAACGUCAUGGCUUCGAUGCUGUCGGACAGCUCGAACAGCGUGCAGUGGAAGCCCAAGCUCCGCAAGAAGGACAUUUCGUACUUUAUGGACGAGACCAGCGUCAAGCCUGGACAGACACGCUUCUGCUGCGUGACCCACACGCACGCGACGGUAGACGACAUCAUGAAGUUGUUCGUGGUACCCGACGCCGACUCUGUGGUACGGAACAACCGGGUGCUGUCCGACAGUCUACUGGAAGCUCGAGUCCUAUCUGUUCUGCGUCGACCGACUAAGGAGCGACCUAUGAACUCCAUGUACGUUCGAUACUCGAGCUACCAGGCUCCUGGCCUAAUGGUGAACCGAGAGGUUUGUCUUGCUGUGGCGACGGAUAUUAUCCACCAACCGGACGGGUCAACUAUCGGCUACUGUCUGUGGGAUUCUAUCGAUGACCCCGAGUUCGCUGAAGUGAGCAAGAAAUCGGACCUAGAGCCAUGCAUUAUGUUCCGAUCGGGUUUCUUCUUACGUCGCUCAGGCCGACGAUCGUCGUCUACAGGUAGCAAUGACCAGAGCUACACCAAGAUCGUGUAUAUGGUUGGGAUAGAACCUGGCGGCUGGGCUCCAGGCCUCACUGCUCGCCUGUUGAUGGAACGGUUUGGCGAUAACCUCGCGCGUCUGUGCUCGCACUUCCGACGCAAGAAUCUGGAUUCGCGGACGUUUGUGAUGAAGACCCAGUGGAUGUCCAAACUCUCUGCCAAGAGCUGCAAAGAGUGCAACAAGCCGUUCCAAGUCUUGUCGAAUCGAGUGAACUGUCACUCGUGCGGCCACGUGGUCUGCCGAUCCUGCGCCUCCAAAGAGCUGGUCGAGCUGCAUGCUGUGGGUCUUGUGCCUAUGCACAUCUGCUUCUUGUGUCUCGAUAAAGUUGGCCUUCCCGUUCCUUCGUCGUUGCAGAAAACCCGGUCAAACCAAAGGAGAAGACGAUUGCAGUCCGAUACGGCGACCAUUUCCCAGCUCACGACUCAAGCGCAAGCACAGCCGUUGUCUCAAUCGCCGCCUUAUCAACAGUCCAAGUCCGUCGUCGAGAGCGACUUGAUUGAAGAGGAAGACGACGACGACACGGACACUGGAGAGUGGGCCUUUACACCAUCGGGUGUACCCAUUCGACCUUAUCGUAUGAAAUGAGAAUACGUCGUAUUACAGUACUAGUUGUCUGUGCGUGAACCUGUAGAGAAGAGUAGAACACUCUAAAGCACUUUGAAUGAUAUCAAAUGUCGUGAACUCUAAAAAUACA